AUGCCAGACUUCAAACACCCCAAUGGCAAGAACCGCACCAGCAAGCCAGCCUCCAAGACUGCAACCACCUACCUCGUCUGCUACAACACCCUCUCCCUCGUCCUUUGGGCCAUCAUAACAGUACGACUAAUAUUCUUCCUCGCCCUCCUCGUGCCCACCGGCCAUGUCGCGCAUAUAUUCGAUGCUCUCUUCCCCCUCCUCCGCUUCACCCAGACGCUUGCCCUGCUGGAAAUAUUUCACGCGUUCGUAAAGCUCGUGCGUGCAUCCCCCAUCACGACGGCAAUGCAGGUGGCCAGCCGUAUCCUGGUGGUUUGGUUUGUUAUGUUCCCCUUCUCGGUGGAUAUGAUUGGGAAAGAGAAGGGAGUUGUGGGCGCCAGGGGUAAGGCCCCCGAGUGGAGAUUGGGCGAUUGGAUGGUGGUUGGCUGCGCGAGCGCUUGGGGGAUUACAGAGUGUAUUCGAUAUGGAUAUUUUGUGGUGCAGUGUUUGGGUUCUGCAGUACCUCGAUGGCUGAUUUGGUUGAGAUACAAUACUUUCUUCGUCCUCUAUCCCAUUGGUAUUUCGAGUGAGUGUACAUUGAUUUACAAAGCCAUUGCACCGGCGUGGGAUAUUCAGCCUGUGGUUGCAUGGUUUUUCAUAUCGAUGCUAGUCAUCUACCCGCCAUGCUCCUUCAUUCUCUAUACCCAUAUGAUGUCACAAAGAAGAAAGGUGAUGCAACCCAGGAAGGCUGACUGA